AUCUUUAAAUAUAUCUCAUGCGACUUUGAAGAAUUUCUUGGCCUAUAUAGGGACAAGUAAGCAAACACGUACGGAUAACCAAGAGUAGUGGUAACACCGAGAAUUAUGGCUAUCCAAGAAUCACUGUUAAACAAGCCUAGAAAUUCUGUUUCCAAAAUCAUCUGGUUAAUCCUUUCUGUAGCUGUAGUUCUAAGUUCAUCAGCUUUUAUUGCUUCUUAUCUCAUCAAACCCUCCUUCUUCUUCAGCCAUUCCUCCCUUCACCAUGUUUGUGAUCAUGCACUUGAUACCACAUCCUGCUUAGCCCAUGUCUCAGAAUUAUCUCAUCAAGCUCCCAUCUUGACUACGACAAAAGACCACCCAUUCAUUUUGCUCCAGUCCUUCCUAAUGAAAUACACUUCACAUAUUGAGAAAUCCAUGAACACAAUCAAUGCUAUCAAACUCAGGAUCAACAACCCGAGAGAGGAAGCAGCUUUGAGAGACUGCGUGGAACUUAUGGACUUGUCGAUGGAUAGAGUUUGGGACUCGAUGUUGGCUCUAACAAAACAAACGGCUGAGUCGCAACAAGAUGCACAGACGUGGCUAAGCAGUGUGCUGACUAAUCAUGCAACGUGCUUGGAUGGAUUAGAGGGGACAGCACGGGGUGUGAUGGAAGGUGAACUUAGGGACUUGAUAUCAAGAGCGAGAACCUCUCUAGCCAUGUUUGUUGAUGUUUUGGGUCAAAAAGUUGAAAAAAUGAUUGAGGAGGCAUUAAAAGAAGAAGAGUUUCCCUCAUGGGUUAGUAGCAGGGAUAGGAGACUGUUGGAAUCCAAGGCUGGGGACAUAAAGGCUAAUGUUGUGGUGGCUCAAGAUGGGAGUGGCAAGUUCAAGACAGUGGCUGAGGCAGUGGCAUCAGCACCUGAUAAGGGUAAGACAAGGUAUGUUAUUUAUGUGAAAAAGGGAACAUAUAAAGAAAAGGUUGAAAUUGGGAAGAAGAAGACGAACGUGAUGCUCGUAGGUGACGGCAUGGAUGCGACUAUAAUCACUGGGAGCUUGAAUUUCAUUGAUGGAACAAGCACCUUCAACAGUGCCACAGUGGCUGCUGUGGGCGAUGGGUUUAUUGGGCAAGACAUAUGGUUCCAAAACACAGCAGGCCCAGAAAAACACCAAGCAGUGGCUCUUCGAGUGGGUGCAGACCAAUCCGUGAUAAACCGAUGUCGUAUUGACGCCUUUCAAGACACUCUCUACGCCCACUCCAAUAGGCAAUUCUACAGAGACUCCUUCAUCACGGGAACCGUUGACUUCAUAUUCGGAAACGCUGCCGUUGUGUUUCAAAAGUGCAACCUGGUGGCCCGAAAGCCCUUGAGUAACCAGAACAACAUGGUGACGGCCCAAGGACGAGAGGAUCCAAACCAAAACACCGCAACUUCAAUUCAACAAUGUACCCUAACAGCCAGCUCGGAUCUUAAGCCUCUUGUGGGCUCCAUCAAAACUUUUCUGGGCCGUCCAUGGAAGAAGUACUCUAGAACCGUUGUGAUGCAAUCCACGUUGGACAGCCACAUUGACCCAAGUGGAUGGGCUGAGUGGGAUGCCCAGAGUAAGGACUUUUUGCAAACAUUGUAUUAUGGAGAGUACAUGAAUAGUGGGCCAGGAGCUGGUACCAGUAAGAGAGUCAGUUGGCCUGGUUUCCAUGUCAUUCAAUCUGCAGCAGAGGCUACCAAGUUUACAGUAACACAACUCAUCCAAGGUAAUGUUUGGUUGAAGAACACCGGAGUUAACUUCAUUGAAGGCCUCUAAAUAUAAUAAUAUGUCUGCUUCUAUCUCAUUUCCUUGCCUUUUGCGGGAAAUCAAAUAUAAACCUUUCAUGCACCAACUUCUUUAGCCUUCUAGAAUGUAAGGCCCAUGUAACGUAUCAUAUAUAUGUCAAAUAAACUUGUUUGUGACUUCCGUGGCGCUUCUUAACUUGUUUUCCUCAAAUAUUAUACUCCAUUCAUUCUA